AUGGCGAUGCUGGCGGAGCCCCGGAGGAAGCAGAAAUGGUCUGUGGAUCCACGAAACAGUGCCUGGAGCAAUGAUGACUCCAAAUUUGGCCAGAAGAUGCUGGAAAAGAUGGGCUGGUCCAAAGGAAAGGGUCUCGGGGCUCAGGAGCAAGGAAAUCCAGAACACAUCAGAGUUAAGGUGAAAAACGACACACUGGGAUUAGGAGCUGCCAUCAAUCAUGAGGACAACUGGAUUGCUCAUCAGGAUGACUUCAACCAGCUUCUGGCUGAGCUGAAUAACUGCCAUGGACAGGGUGAAACAGAGUCCUGUGUAAAAAAGCAGAAAAAGACAUUCAGCCUUGAAGAAAAAUCCAAAUCCUCCAAGAAACGUGUCCAUUAUAUGAAGUUUGCCAAAGGUAAGGAUCUCUCAUCACGCACUGAACAGGACCUGUCCUGCAUUUUUGGGAGAAGACAGAAGAGUGCCAAGACCCAGGAGGAUAUUGCUGAUCCUGACUCCCAGGAAGAGAAGAGCAGCUGCCUCUGCAGCCCUGGAGACGGUUCCAGUACAGUCAAGAGUGCUCUCACUGUCCAGGAAUAUUUUGCCGAGCGUAUGGCAAAGCUGAAGGGAUCCCAGGAGGAAGCAGAAGCAAAGGUGGAUCAUUCCAGCCCAGCAGCUGAUGAAGCUGUGGAGCCUUCAGAAGAACUGGAAACCAAAGCCAAAAAGAAAAAGAAGAAGCAGAAGAGAGAUGAUGAGGCAGAGAGGACAGAGGACUGUGACAAACCAGGGAAAAAGCCUAAGACAGGGAGCUUGAAUGGAAAAGAACUGGAUGAUCCACUAAAUGAACGUCACAAAAGGAAAAAAAAGAGGAAACAUGAAGAGGAGAAUGAAGGAGAAAACAUCAGUUGUGAUGAAAAUACAGGCAAUGGAGAAAUUUCUGUGGGAAUGUCUGAGGGGGAGGAACUCAGCACAGAGGAGCAGGAGGAAAAGCAGAAGAAACGCCACAAGAAGAAGCACAAAAAGCAAAAAGAGGAGGCAGAGGAGUGUGGGGAAGAAGUACCCAGAAAGAAAAAGAAGCACUGCAAGAACAUUUAACCCUUUUAGACUCAAGGAUGAGUCUGUGUUAGAGGAAGCUCUUUGUAAACAUAGCACCAAUCCAGACUUGGACACUGCUCCAGCAGACUGGAUCUAAACUCAGGCUGGAUCUAAACUCAGGCUGGAUCUAAAUUCAGGCUUGGUCUAAACUCAGGCUGGAUCUAAACCCAGCUCCCCCAGGGGAAAACAUGGUGAUGGGCCAGCAGGAGCUUCAUUGCCACAUUCAAAAAGGAUCCACAUGGAGGAUUAACACAUCAAGACUGUGAAAAGCAGGGAAUGACUUUCUACUGCUUCACACUGACUGUGUUUUUUUCAAUCUAGGAAAAAAAAAUCAAAAAUCACCUUAGGACUGCCUUUUAAUUAAAAUUGUUUUCACUUGUGAGAGUCCAGCUCUGCUUCUGGAAGCAGAAGGGGGUUUGCAAAGUUGUCUGUGUUUUUUCAUUGAUUUUUGCAAGGUGGUGUCUAAUUUUAACAUUCAUCUUUUUUUUACAUAUAAAAUGAAUGUUGUUUCUUCCCAAAAUGCUUACUGUAAUUAAAAGUUUGGUCCUGAGUGUCAGCACUAAAGGAUGAAAUAAAAAGACCUCCCUGUGCCUCCAAAUCAUUGUCAAACAAUUGUAACUUUGCACCAAAGCUAAAGGAAAUGUGUAUUAACCUUAUCAUUUAUUAACCAUACCUAAAUCUUUGAUUUCCAGGCAAUACUCAGGAUCUCUUCACUGGUACCUCUGGAAUCCAGAAAGCUGCCUUGGUUAGAGCAAGUUUUUUUCCUGAAAUUGGGAGCCCAAUAAAAAAAGCACAGCCAGAUUGCUAUUGCCAUUCACACAUUGAAAACUUGCAGUUUGGAUUUAUAACCAAACUAGAGCUCGUUUCUCAUUGUAAGCCUGGAAAUAAGGAAUGCUGGAACUGGGCAUUGCCACGAGCAGUUCUGUGGGAGAUGUGAAACCUUCAGCAUGAAUUUUGGCAUUUUAAUGUCACUCAGAGCUGUCAGAAGAGAUGGGUGAGCUUGGAAGUGGUGGACUGGGAAGAAGGAUUCACCUUCCUGGUGUCCUGUCCUGAUAUUUCUUUGGCCAAAGCAAAGUGACAGCACAACCCUGAACACCAGCCAGUCAUCCUGGCAGAAUCCAGGAUCCAAAUUCAUGAGCUGCUCAUUUCAUCCAGGCUGGGUUUCAUCAGUGUAAAUCUAAAACAUCCCAUUGGCUGCUCUGCUGAAGAAAAUGGGUACAUUUUUAUAUUGUCUCAGCUCAGCAGAGUUGCUUAACGUGGUCUGAGGAACAUUGUCAAGAUGCAGAUGUUAAUAGGGAAAAAAAUUUCCUUAAGCUGCCUUUAUUGUGCAGUGGAGGAAACUCCAUCUGCAGCACCCAGACCACAUGGAUGGUUUGGUUGCAGCUCAACUCCUUUUUUAAGAUCUCUUGGUUUCCAAAGCACCUUUUUUUUUCUGCCCUCAGGACAUGCUCAUUCAUUGCAGCAAAAUGAAAUUUCACUUCUUGUAUGGGAGAACAAGAUGCCUUUCCCUGGAUUUCACAUGCCAGGGGUUUUAACCUUUGUUGCAUCUCCUUUUCAGGCUGUACAAUUAUUAUUCACCAUAAUUUUCUUGUCCCUGGCUUCCUUAAAUGAAAUACCACCAAAUACCAUCAGCUGUUAACAAACUAGGAGGAAACUCCAUUCUUGAGGUGAAAAAAUCAUCCUCAAUGGAAGAAGACAGGAAAAUAAUGUUUUAUGUUAAGCUGAAGCAUCCCUCCUGAUUUCUUGCUCACCACAAGUUGGAAUUUUUGUUAUUAGAAUCCAAAAGCCUGAUUGUUUCCAAUUAUUAUUUUUUAACUCUUAAGCCAACUAAACUUUACAGCCUCUCUGGGAUUCCAGUUUAAAAAGGUGCUAGUCAAGGAAUAAGGUUUCCUUCUCCAAAUGCUGCUGAGCUUGUUUGUUUGUUCCCUCUGGGAAUUUUCAUGUUUUUCUGUGUGCUGAUUCUUGUGGGUGCUUGGCCACAUUCCAGUGUCAGUUACAGGAAGAAUAAAACCAGGAAUAAACCUUUAAAUUUGUGCUGUUGCUCCUGUUAAAUUUGGGAUACCCAAGACUUAAAUCUGGCUCAGAUGGAAGUAUCAGCUACCAAUGGAAGAUUCUCUAUUUCUGCAAUAAAUACAUGGCAGUUUAUCUAGGGAAAUGUGGAAUUUUAAUGUGUCCCAAGCUCUGCAUGUGGUUGUAGGAGGGGAAAAUCAUAAUAAAUAAAUAAUCAUAAAUCAUAAA